AUGCAAAGCCUUCCCAACAAUACUAACAAAGAUAGCAAUAAGUGGUUCGACUCUUUGCCCCCCAGAUCCAUCGCAAGUUUUGAUGACCUAGGUAAGAAAUUUCUUGCCCGAUUUUCCAUCCAGAAGGACAAAGCCAAACGUGCCCCAAGCCUAUUAGGAAUCAAGCAAGGAGAUCGGGAGAGUCUUCACAGCUACAUAGAGAGAUUCAACAAAGCAUGCCUGGACAUACAAAGCCUACCAUCGGAAGCAGCCAUUAUGGGUCUCAUCAAUGGCCUACGAGAAGGACCUUUUAGUCACUCCAUAUUAAAGAAACAUCCAACAUCUCUGAAUGAAGUGCAAGAACGAGCUGAGAAGUACAUCAACAUAGAAGAAAACUCUCGACUUUCAGCAACUCACAAGUAG